AUAAAAGAUUAGCCGUGCACAGAUUGGCUGUUUUACGUGAGUGAGAGCAGGUCAGCAUGUCCUCUCACUGGAAGGCUCUCUUUCUUUACCUCCUGUGUGUCGGUGGUCAUAUGUGUCAAAAGAACAAUGGGCCACAGACAGCCAUGCUUCUGGCUGGUCCCCUGACCAAGCAAGAUAAAUGGCAUGAUCUACUACAGGGAUCAAUGGGGACCGACUGUACUCAAUCCAUACCAGCAGGAUCCAGAGGCUACUUUGAGUACCUCCAAGGUAAGGGGGUAACCCACUUCAAGGUGCCCCUGUCCUGGGCUCAGCUCCUGCCCACAGGACUCCCAAGCCAGCCCCAGCCAGCUGUAGUGAGAUGCUACAAGGCCUUGUUGAACCAGCUGGUGGAGGUAGGUCUCCAACCUCUGGUUAUCCUUCAUGGUUCUACUGUACCAGAAGAGCUGAGGAGGAGGUACGGGGGCUGGGAGAGCCCUGAGCUGGGGCAGGUGUUUCAACAGUAUGCAGAGUUUGCCUUCCUGGAGUUUGGCGAUCUAGUGCAGUCCUGGGUGACACUGAAUCGCCUGGAUGAGCUGAAGAGUGCCGAACUCUUCCAGAAUGCACUCCAUGCUCACGCCAGUGUCCAGCAACGUUAUCAUCAGCUGUUUCCUGAAAUCACUAGAUUUCCUGGCAAUUGGAAUCCAAUAUGAAUGUACCACCAGUAAAAACUUUGCAAAGGAGCUGCAACUACUAAAAAAUAUCAGUGGACUACAACCAGUGCUCUUUUAUAAGGUGGACAUCGUUAACUAUAGACCUGAUGAGUGGUUGUUCCUCACAAAGGUCAUAGAAGCUCUUAGAAGUAAUGAUCUCCACGUUCUUGGUUUGGAUGUGGUCGACCUAUUUCAAAUAUUGAAAUCCUAUGAGUUAACAUCUACAAGCCUCUCAAGUGCAAAAAUUUAUUUGACAAAUGAUGAUGGUAAAAUCCUACCAAAAACAUCCCCAAAAUCUUCAACCUACCACACAGUUUGGUCUACACUAUCAUUGAUGAAUUCAUUUGAACAGAACACCUUCCUUA